GCAAAAGCCACCGACUCCCUCUUCUUUUGAGAACCGAUGAAAUGCUUGAAACUUCCCUUUCCUUCUUGCUCAAAAACCAAGUUUCAGGCCUAGAACACUCUCCUAAACCCAGAAAUUUUCCAGAUCUGCGCUGUCUUCUUCCCCUUUGUCCGCCGGCCUCUGCUGUGUGGGGUUGGGUUCGGUUUUCUGCUCCCGUGACAUCCCUUCCCCUUUCCCGAUUUCUGCCAAGCUCGCCAGAUCCGGCUUCUAUUGCUGGAAAGAUUCUGAAAUAUGGAAUAAUUCGACAGCCUCCAAGCAUGAGUUUUGUUUAAUUCAUGUAGAAACUAGCUUGAGUUGAUUGUUGUGAGGUUAAUUGUGGAAAUCCCAUGAAUUUCCAUUGUUUUGCCAAGGCUGAUUCCUCCAUGUGCUGCCCAUGGGUUGUCCGAAAUCUGCUGGAAUAUGGGGGGAAUUUGGUAGCCUUUUUGACAUGUUUUUAGCUUAAUUUAUGUUGGAUUAGUUGAUUUGGGCUGUUGCGUUUCUUGGAGAAAAAUCCCGUGAUUUGCUAUUGUUUUGCUAAAUAGGAUUAAAUGAAAUAAAGUCCUAUUCUCCUAUUUUGUUCUGUCCGUGGGAGUAGAAAAUUAUAUAUGAAUGUGUAUAUAAAUAUAUAUAUAUAUACACAAUUUGGGUAAUGAAAAUAAAUAAAAUAAAAGUAAUAAAUAUUGCAUUUUGAGAAUUGGUCGGGAACAAUAGAAAAAGGAUUAAGUUUGUAGUGUUAUAUGGGUAUUAACUUUUGGAUGUUUUGAAUUAGGUUCCUGAUCGUUCUGUCAAUUUAGUACUAAGAUUGUGCCUUUGGUUUUAAGCGAGUGAGGUAAGUAAAUUUAUGGUAAUGCCCGUAUAGUUUUUAAAAGCAUGUUUUGAUUUGUUUUUGAAGUGGUGGCGGGACUAAACCCGUUUUACACGAGCAUGAUUGAUUUGAAGUGAAAUUUUUAUGUUUUUCAUUAAAUUGAGCAUGCCUACUUGGAAUUUAAUUGAUUGUCCUGAUGAUUUGAAAGUGAUUGGUGAAUUAUGAUUUUUCUGUUAACUUUUGCCUGUUUUGUCUCUGAUGUGGUUAUGUUAUUGAUGAUCCUGCUAGUGGGGGUUAAACGCUAGCACAUGUUGACAUGUUAAUGAUAGAACCGGUUCGUCCGAAUGACCUUGCUAGUGGGGGUUAAACACCAGCAAAUACUGUAGCCUGCCAGUGGGAGGUUUAAACACUGGUCAUGACCUAUAGAGGAGACGUCUAUUUCUUUUCCGUACUGUAUCCGUUUUUAUUAUAC